AGAUCUAAUUUUGUCUUGUACAACUCUUGCCAGAGCAAUAGGAGAUAACGUAAAUGUCAACGCACGUGUGUGCGCUGUGAUUUAAGAGGAGCAGCUGUCUGCUGGGAGAGGACACGCCAUCACUUUCGCCCAAUCAUGGAUUCAAUAGAGGAGCAGGAAAAAAAAUCAAAUCAAGCAAUAGAGAAGGGAAAAUAGCAACCAACAGCAUGAAGAAAAAUACAAGAGACAGAAAGAGAGGUUGAGAGGCAGUGAGAGAGCUACAGAGGUAUAGAGCGAUAGAGAGAGAUAGAAAGAGAGAGAAAGAGAGAGAGAGGAAGAGCUCCCUAACUCCAGUGAUUCCCAGACUGGCUAGCAGUAAGCUCUGUGCUCUGAUCUGCCUGCUCUGAUGGGGUUUCAUGCCCGUGCAAGCAGUGUUUGGGAUCCUGAAGGCAACACAGGUUCCUGCUGCUGAUCUCAGCCUCUUAUUCCUACCUAUUGACCAUAUCAGCCUACACAGAUGAGAGUCUGGACAGCUAAUCUUAACCUACUACCGGUGGCUAAUGGAUCAUCAACCAGUGACAGUCACUAGAAUCCAAAAAGGGAGUUAAAAGAAGAUCAAAUGCAAGUGGCCCAAGGACGACUGGCAGAUAUGAGAGUGGUACUGGUGUGUGCCCUCCUCUCCCUCCUCUCUUUGUCACAUGCCUGUCCAAAGGAGUGUAGCUGCAACAGCAAUACCAAAGUAGUAGACUGCCAGGGUCGAGGCCUAUAUGACAUCCCCCGACGACUGCAUCCGGACACCCAAGAACUUUAUCUCCAAGAUAACCGUAUCAGGGGGCUGGGAUCAAUGGCUUUCCGAGAAAUACCACUUGUCCGAAUUCUCGAUCUAUCUAAUAACUCUAUAACAUCUGUUUCACCAACUGCGCUGCUGGGUCUCAGAACUCUACAGCGCCUCAGCCUGGCCUACAACAGCUUGAGAGAGCUUGACAAGCGGUUGCUUGGGCCUAUCCGCUCGCUUUCACACCUGGACCUCUCACACAACAGCCUGUGGGGUUUGCCUGGAGCCAUGGGGGACAGUUUGAGGAACCUUAGCCACCUGGGGCUAGCAUACAACAGGCUAACACGAUUGGACCGCUCCCUGUUGGAGGUCCUGACCCGCCUGGACAGCCUCACACUACGAAGCAACCCAUGGAGGUGUGACUGCCAGCUCAUAGGCCUCAAACUCUGGCUGGAGUCCUACCUCUUUAAAGGUGGAGUGGUGGAUGAGGUGCUUUGCUCCCAGCCAGAGGAAAUGAGGGAUAAAGACCUGCAGAAAGUCCCUUACCAGCUCUUCCACGCCUGCAUGACCACAAGCUACCAUUACCUGUUCGCUAACAUACACCACCUGGAGUCUGAGAGGCUACUGCGAGGCCACACCCAUGGCAACCAUGCUCAUCCCUCUAGCCACGCUAUCCAUGUCCCCAUGGCAAUGGGGGAGGGUUAUGGUGGCGGGGGAGGAGGUGGAGGAGGAGGAGGAGGGGGUUUGCCAGAGUGUGAACCUAAGCAGAGGCAUCGGCCUGUCAACUUGCGCCACGCAAUUGCCACAGUGAUCAUCACCGGCGUAGUGUGUGGGAUUGUGUGUCUGAUGAUGCUGGCUGCAGCCGUGUACGGCUGCGCCUACGCCGCUAUCAUGGCCAAAUAUCAGCGGGAGCUUAAGAAGAACGAGGAGUUGGCAGCAGCUAAGGUGGCAGAUCAUGCCAUAGCAGAUGAGAAGGAACCACUGGAGAAUGCUAUCGCCUAGGAGAUGAUAACAUGAACCCUGGACUUAAAACCUGGGCCUCAACCCUUUAACCUAAUCCAGAGUGGAUUGAUGUGUGUGCUAGUGCAUGUGUGAGAAAAAAGAAGAGAAUGAGAUUCUUUAUGUGUGGGCGUGUGUGUGCUCACCUCCUACCGAGACUUGGGUAGCUAAACUCCACAGGUAUUUGACUAUGCACUGAUGAGAAGAGUAUCUUCUGAUGUAUGCGUGUUCGAGGGGCAGGCCAAAGAAUCCAAAAGGAAUCAAUUCCAUUUUAUCUAAAAAAUGCAUAUCACAGAUAGGAACAAGUUGCUAUAUAUUUAUAAUUGUGUAUUUGUAGGUAUGAUAGUAAAGCUCUGGUAUUUAAAAACAAUGGAUUUCAGAAUUUGUUGUAUUUUAGUUGUUGUUUAUAAUUUGGAGUCUGAUUUUGAGGUAAUUUUGCAAAAACUUAUAGUAGGCAGCUGCUGUCCGUUAAGAUUUGUCCUAAGUUGUUUGUAUCGUUAAUGUGAGAGUAAGAGAAUGAGAGUGUUUGUGUCAGUGUUUUUGCUUGAGUGUGCGUGUGGAGAUGUAUACUGUAGGCACAUAUUUAUAGAGAAUAUAAGAGUCUGUGCCUAAUAACGUGAUAUAGUUUUAAGGAAGAAAUUUGUUUUCUUAAAGAAAAGAUAUUUUUCUGACAGCUGAAGUGAACAUGGGGAAUUCAUUGAAGCAAUAAUGAAACAAACUAAAACGAAAACAACAACAAAACCUGGACUCAGCCAUGUUGUUUUUCUAUGACCUCAGAGGUUCAUGAGUUUGAAUUUUUAGAUCUACAGUUUUUGAGAUCAGUUGAGUCUUGUUUGUGAGUUAAUGCUGAUCACAUAAUGGUAGUCAUGUCAUUUAGUAUGUAUUAUAUAAAAAAGGGAAACAUUUGACCUGAUUACUAUUUGUCUACUGGCAAAUAAUUUAAGAAGGCAUGUAUCCUUAAUUGGAGAAAGUAUCUUUACAAAAGGAGUAUCUUUACAAAAGGAGUAUCUUUGGCGGAGAUUCUACUGUUUUCUGUAUGUCUCUUUGUUUCACUAAUGGUUUUGAAAAAUAAAAUAACUGAACACAAUA